AGGUAGUUUUACAACAUUCACAUUUUUCCUUGCAGAACACAACAACACGAGAGAGUAAACUAGUGUUAAGUGCCGCCGCCGUCCAUUAUCACCUAUUGUGACAAAUAAUGUGCAGUGAUGGUGGAUGUUUUACCCAAGUUGCAGAAAGUCGGUGAUCCCUGGGCCACACCCCCACCACGACUCUAUAGCCACCAAAAUGCUCAGUCUCAUGCAGGACAUAUCUACACUGAUCAUGAAGAUGGCAGUAGUCCUUCCAAACAAAACUGUUUCAACGGUCAAGGAACAAACAGGAGAGGAGGUCAAAGAAACCGGGGGAAACCUCGAAAUAAUUUUGGUUGGAACCAAAGUCAGUCGGCUCCAGCACGUUAUGUUCCAGCCCCCCGGCCAUCAAAGUACACGAGGAGAACACGUGACUCAUCUGCCAGUUUUCUUCUUAAUCAAAUUAGACUUGGAGAAUGCUUAGCAGAGUUUAAGUGCUAUGCAACUAUCCACCCUGAACCUCGGUGCCGCCCCUUCCAUGGCCGGGCUUGUACAUGUAUGCCCUUCAGUAUGAAUGGCCUUAUUGAUGACACCACCACCAAGCUUGGGCUUCAAAACCUUCUCCGUGUGUCCACCAGUAACGCUGACCGAUAUUACCUAACGAGAAAAUGCUGCUACGUCUUCCAUUGUAUGAACCUUCGAACGAGAUUCAACUACCCAGUUAUACCAAACUCGAUGAUCAUCCGUGAUGAACGAGUUACAACAGCAAUGGAGCAAGUGAUAGCCGAGGAGUUGGAAGAAAAGGGACUGGAUGCAAAUGACAAGAAAUCGUACUCAGCCCUCUUAAGCAAACACACCACCAGAGCUCACAGGUUGCUCAAUGAAAUGAAGUCUGCUUUAUCUAGCAUUCUAAUAAGAAUAACAGGUUACGUGUUGUUCAAAGUGUUCAGCAACCUGCUCAUGUCAGUAACGAUACAUGGAGGCCAGCAAGAGGUGAUUGAGAGAGCAGCACAGAGAGACACACCCAUCAUCUUUGUACCUUUGCAUCGAUCACACGUUGACUACUUGUUUGUCACAUGGGUCCUCUUCAACCGGCAGAUCCCAGCACCAAUUGUUGCUGCAGGCGACAAUCUAAGGAUUCCUGUUUUUGGUUGGCUACUAAGAGGUCUUGGAGGUUUCUUCAUUAAACGCCGCCUGGAAAGUUGCAAGGCCCGCAAAGACAUUCUUUACCGUUCUGUGCUCCAAACUUACGUCACUCAUGCACUGCAAGCAGGGUACAACUUGGAGUUUUUCAUUGAGGGUGGUCGGACUCGGACUGGCAAGCCCUGCUUACCUAAAGGUGGCCUUUUGAGCGUGAUUGUGGAUGCUUACAGCAAUGGCACACUUGAUGAUGCUCUCAUUGUUCCCAUUGCCAUUAACUAUGACAGGCUGUUAGAUGGAAACUUUAUUAGAGAGCAAAUGGGACAAAGCAAGGUUCCAGAAUCAUUUUGGGGAGCAGUAAGAGCCAUCAUAAAAGUGCUGUCUACAAAUUACGGUCAUGCCAGGAUUGAUUUUGGGCAACCAUUUAGCCUGCGGGAAUUUGUCCAGAACACCAAAGGUUGUGCACCUCGCCUCACAUUAAAUCAAUCACAGAAUCAGCCCCAAAGUGAACCAAUUUUAGGAUGUACUCCACCUCUCUCACCUACCCCACUCAGCGUCAGCCCUACAUCUGCUAGUGAUUCCCAACCACUAGCACCACUUCCUCAAAUUGCUUCAACUCCUCUAGUCAUAGAAAAGGGUCACCAGCGUUCUUUGUCCAGUCCUUCAUCAAAAGAUCAUCUAACACUGAAGAGAACUUUAUCCAAUCCCUCCAGCACCAUUAAUGCUGUAAAUCGAACCACUUCAAACCUUCAUGGAGCACGCAGUAACUCCUCACUGUUUGGAAACGAAGUAACGGAAGAAUACAGAUAUCUUGUCAAGUCAUUAGCAGCUCAUAUUGUGUAUGAUGCGGAGCGAUGCCAAGCCAUUAUGUCAACAAAUGCUAUAGCGUGGUUGUUGUCAUUUGUGUACCGUGACGGAACACGUUUAUCUACCCUUACCAAAGCUCUUGAUGCGCUACGAGAUUCUUUGAGAACUCGAAAGCGAGACACAGGAUUCUCUGGCAGCUCCAAAGAUGUUGUUAUGCAUGCUGUUAAGCUACUUGGCGCUGGAUUGGUCAGAAUAGAACAAACUCAGGGAAGUGAUAAGGCCAGCUCUGAAGAAGCUGAUUUCUUAAUAGAACCAAUCACUCUCCUUCCCAAUGUUAUCGAACUCAACUAUUAUGCCAGUGCUCUUCUUCCUGUGUUUGCUGUUGAUGCUAUUGUUGCAACCAGCUUAUUGCCACUGAUAGAUUGUGAUUUGUGGAGCUACAAGGAUUGCUCACCUAACUGCCUCAUUGACAGAGAGAAGUUGAUCAAACGAGCUCUUGGCCUUUCUGGAAUGCUACAGCACGAGUUCCUGCUCGCACCACCGUGUGCCAGCCUGGACGCUAAACUCCAUCAGUCUGUGGACAGUCUCGUCGACAUGGGUCUCCUGCAGGAUGCUGGGAAGGUAGAUAACAGAUGGUCAGAAGACUCUGAUGAGGAUGAUCUGACCUUCUCGCAGUGUUACAAAGUAGUACCAUCCACCUCCUCAUUGGAGGUCAUAGGGGCUUGGACAACAAUGCUUGCCCCCAUGUUAGAUGCCUACUACUGCACUGCAUGCAGUCUUCGUAUGCUGGUCACCAGACAGGUGCCUGACAAGGAGUUUAUUCAGAAAACACAAAAUCACAUUGCAGCUCUUGUGGAGAAAGGCACUCUAAGAUAUGGUGAGAGUAUGUGUGUAGAUCCCAUACGAAAUGCUGUAAAGUUCUUUGAGACAGAAGCAGUAGUGGAAAGUUACACACAUGACAGUGUACGUCUCUUGUAUCUUACACAAGAGUAUGACUCGGAAGAACGACUUUCUCGCUUUAUCAGUGAAAUUGAUAGCUAUAGAUCAUGAAUUUUUUUUUAUAGAAUGUUGUGAGUACCAGUCUCCUAUAGGAAUGUCAUAAAUUGUAUGGUUAUGAAGAUUUUUGGGUUAAUAUAUUUUCAAAUUCUAAAGAGCUUUUACACAGUGAAUAAAUUAAAUCUACCUUCUGCCACCAACAACAGAAUACUGUAACCCUGAAAAACAGUGCUUGGAAGUUAAGUCCAUUAAGUAUUGUUGGUGUUCCUGUGUAUUAAUGAAAUUGAAAAUGUGCCAAUGAUUGAAAUACCCAGGAUACAGUUAUUUAGAUUUUAUUGGUCAAGAGUUGUCUUUCAUAACCCAAAAUGAGUCAAAUCUUCUGUGGCAGAAAUUCAUAGUUUUGGUUAAGAUAUCCCUGGUUGAUGAGAUGUUGGUAAGCAAAGACUUUACUGUGGUAUCAAAGUAGUGUGGAUAAUACGGUCUUUAAAACUUCCUCCUAGGAUUUUACAGGACUUAAAAUGCUGUGUUUUAUGUAUAAAGUUUCUCCUUGACAAACCAAGAUUCCAUGGAGUUGUUUGUUUUAACUUGGCAGCAAUACAGUACAUAAACCCAUCUUUACUCAAACAUGAUCUGCGUAUAGUUCAUAUGAAAUAUAUAGCUUCUAUGAACAGAGCACUAUUUAAUGCAGAUGUUAAUGUUUGUGCUGUAUAACGUCUAAUAUGUUACAUAAUUUAAUAAAACUGUACAGUCUGGUUAUACAGUACAGUAUACUUUGUUAAGCAAAAGUAUUGAGGGAUUUUAUUACUCAUGAAUGGUUCAGUGUCUGUUGUAAUACCCAACUGAUUAUAUGAUGCAGAUUUCUUCUGUUGGGUAUAUUAAUGUGUUGAGUGAGGCAGGAUACAGUCAAACUUUGUUUAUGAACAAUAUAAAAUUACUGCGGAACUUCUCCAUAGCCAUUUUCCUGUUAACCAUUGACAAGACAGUCAUGUAUUAUGUAAGAGAUGGAAAUACAGGGUGAUUAUGUGUACCCUUUACUGAUGCAUGAAUGUUAACUCAGGGUUGACUCUAUAUGUUUUCAAAAUACUUCUGUGUGUGAGUGAGAAAAGUAAAAAUACUGUAUACCAGCAUGAGAAGCCAAAAUGUAUUAGAAUGACUGUGGGAGGAUUUAAAAUACAUCGGACUAAAUGUGAGAGAAGCUGAAAUGCAAAUACAUGGCUAUGAAUAUGAGGGAUGCUAAAAUACACCAAAGUGAGGGUUAGUAUGGUAUAUUUUUGUUAUACAGUACUGUUCUAACAGUUGUUUUGUUGGCAGAAGUUUCAUAAAUUUUCCAAAGCUAAGUUUUAAGUCUCAAUUCUAAACAUCUAAUUCUUCAGUUUAUAAUAAUUAUCAAUACUUAAAUGAAUCGAAGUACAGUAUAAGAAUAAUCAACUUAAUAUUAUUUUCUUGGAAAAGUUUUUUCUACCAAUUUAACAAUAAUAAGAUAUCCCACAGUAAAUCCUAUAUGGUUUGUCAAUUUUUCUUUAUUUUUGUCUUAUAGGAGAUGUCCACUUGGGUAUCAAACCCUUCUUCAAAGUAUUGAAUAGUUAAGAUUUUAGACCAUUACCAUUCCAUCAUAUGAGUAAUAAUGUUAGGAGUGUAUGGUGUGGGUGAGUGUAUUGUCUCAAGUGUGUUUGUGGUAGGUCAAAGUCUUUAGUUGGGUACCUUUACGUCUAACAACGAAAUUUUGACUUAUGUGAGGUGUCAUCAAUUCACACACGAUCUAUUUUAUAUUAUGGUAGACCUUUUAUAAAGGUUUGUGAAUAGUUAGAGACAACUGCUUUUAGCAUGUAGGCAGUGAGUAUAGAAUUAUCAUUAGAAAUAUAUGGCAACAAAAGUUACCCAAAUGCAGCAAAAACUGUCAUAAAUUUGAAAUUUUGUAUGAUCCUUAUCACUUGUGAUUCAUAUAUAUUCUCCGUUGUACAUGCACUCAUAUAUAGGAUAUAAUCUUGCUGCUUCUACUGUAAUGAAACUGAAGAUGGAAAUUGAAUAAAGCACCAAAGUAGUUUCCUCAGACAUACUCGAGUAAUAUAACAAGUUGUUUGGAUUAAUAAUAAAGAUUUGUAUUACUUUAGGCCCGUACUUGAGUAAUGCAGUGCAAUACAUAUCCACAGUAACCUCAAGUGUACCUGUACACAUCUUUAGAGACCUCUUUCUUCUGCAUGACUUGUAUGGAAAUAAAUGGUCACUGGAUGAGCUACUGCUCGUAGGGUAUAGUGUGUCACGUUACGUGCAUAGAUGCAAGUGAAAUUAAAGAGUUUAAUCCAUUGCUACACACCAAAUAUUAGAAAAAUCUUGAUUAUCAUGAAUACAUUAGUAAAUCUAAUGCUCUUGUAUUUUUUAAGUCAAAGAUAUAGCAUGAAAUAAGAUGAUACAGUAGCAGUGAUGACAUUAGUUCCAACAUGUAAAUAACUCAAUCUUUCCAGGCAUUUAGCUACUUGGUCAUGUUACAGGAAAUCAAAUAGUAAAUGCCAGUAACUUGUCAUACUUUUUGUUUUCAGGGAGCUGUUCAGUUUUAUGUGUUUUUUUCUAUAUUUUUUAUUGACAUGUUAUUUUAUGAUAAAGUAGAUUCAGGAUCUAGUCAGCUUUUCCAUGAAUGCAGCAGAAACUUUCCUGACAGUGGAUAGUGGUUGUCUUAGUGUUAAGCCAAUGAUCCAUUCAUACAGACUCAUCAAUUGCUGUUUUAGUAGUGUACAUGAGUAAGCUCAUUAUACUGAGAGCUCAAGUUGUGUUGGUUGGUCUGGGUCAGAUUUUCUGGGUUUUUUUCACUAAGUUUUGAAUUGGAGCUGUAAUCCAAGAGUACAUGAAAUUCGUCUAGAGAUAAUAUAUUCCUGUGUACUAUAGGAAUGUAAUUAUUCAGUUACAAGGAAGUCUUUCAGUAUUGCCUAAUUACCUAAAUAUCCAGAAAACAAACCAGUAUGUAUUUGUUCCUUAAAGUUUAUUGUAAUCAGUUUAAUUUCUAAUGACACUUCACAACAAAGCCUGGAAGUGCAAUCAUAAUGAAUAUAGACAUGUAAAUAGUAUUUGAUAUUUAUUCACUGUUGCUACCUAGAUUGUAUGUAAGAUUUUGUUGCAUUAUGGUGCAGAAUUCAUAUUUUCAGUUACUACCAGUGCUAGUUUAAACUGUAAUAUUACAUUGCCAGCAUUUGUAAUAAACCUUGAAAACUCU